ACCACAGCACCUCAAAAAGCCACACAUUACAAGAGAGGCAACUGCUCAAAAGAGGAUCGCAAUCCGUGCAAAAGCUCCCGAAACAACCUUCCCGCAUCCUCUACGUCUACAGCUUUAUUUCUCCUUCCUUUAAAGUUGCCUGCUGCGUCCCACAGUUUAAAAAAACAAUAGUCUUCAGGGAGACGUGCAUCUUCCCAUCACGAAGGACGUCAGUUUAAAAAGACAAGAGCAUCACCUUAUAAAUGUGAGCGAUCACCAAACCUGCGACACAAGGAAUUAAUUGAUAAGAAAGCACCAUAUUGAUUUAUUAGGAUCAGGAUGCCAUUGCGAAGAUCAAGAGCUUUUGUCGGGAACACUUUGCUCGUUCACCCUCGAGGGCAGGCCUGGACGUCGGUCCCUGUAAACGCUGCGUUCGAAACGCCACGUUCCUUAUAUGCCCGCCCCGUCCUAUCUGUCGGGAAAAUGAAACUUGCUGCUGAUAUGCAAUCGUUCCGGGAUGGAUUCCGCACGCUUUUCUUUCCGGGUGUUGGCAUCUUAAGUCUCGGACUACCUUUUCUACUAGUUGGGGUACUAGUCGGAAAGCCCUCAAGUGGAGAAGCUAAGGACACCAAUCUCAAGACGAAGAGAUCAUCGUUGUUAAUCGCAUCAAAUCCUCUGUUUCAAGAAUAUAGGUUUUCCAAGGCUUUGGUGAUCAAAUUGAUGGCCAGCAUCAUCCUUGACUUAAUAGGUGAUGGUUCACUUCUAGUGCCAGGACUCGGUGAGGUCAGUGACUUUCUAUGGGCGCCUGUGAGUGCCGCAGUCGUUCGACUCCUGUACGGAAAUAAUGUUCUUGCUGCAGUGAAUUUGUUGGAGGAGUUGCUACCAUCCACGGACAUCAUUCCGACGGCUACCAUUGCUUUCUUACUGGAUUUCUUCUGGCAUGAGGAAGGAGCCCAGUCGCCCUCAAAAGAGGGCAGAGCACGCCCUGCCACUCCUGCAGACGUGAUCGAUGCCAAAGUCACGUCCAUCCGGGAUAAAAAUUUAAAUUGAGUGCAAAGUAAAUGAAACAAUGAGAAGUCAACCUUCUGGACCCCGUAGAGGCUAGAAACCGGC